UGGUAUGGGUGCUUGCAAUUUGCAAAACCAAUUGCAUUGAUCUAACUACCAAUUGCAUAUUUGCAAGCUUACAACAAAUGCAAUUGCAUAUGCAAGUAAAAAAAACUAAAAAGUCUAAAAAUGAAAUUUUGUAUUUUAUAUGACUUUUCACUUUUACUUUAUUUUUUUUAUAAUUUAAAUAUAAUGAAAUUACAAGUUAAUUGCAUUGAUGUAGGUGAAUGAAAGUAAUUUUAGGUGGAUUGCAAAAAAAUGAGUUGGAAACAAAGAGCAUAAAUGCAAUUACUUUUGCAAUUGCAUUGAUGUGGGGAGCAUUCACAUUAGUCUUUCACUUUCAAUUGUAAGAUUACAUGACAUGGGUAUUUGAAAUUGCAAAACCAAUUUCAUUAAUGUGGCUAUCAAUUGCAUACUUGCAAGCUUGCAACAAAUACAAUUGCAUAUGAAAGUAAAAAAGCCUAAGAGCAUCUCCAUUAAUGCAAUUGCAAAAAAAAUUGCAUUUGUGUAUUUUAUUGUCAACUCAAAUUUUUUGCAAUCCACAUCACAUUCAUUUCAUUCACCUACAUCAAUGCAAUAAACUUGCAAUUGCAAAUGUAAUUAAAUAUUAUAUUUAAAUUAGAAAAAAUUAAGUAAAAGAGAAAAGAAAAUAAUAUAAAAUAAAAAAUCCCCAUUUUUUUAGGCUUUUUUGACUUGCAUAUGGAAUUGCAUUCGUUGCAAGCUUGCAAAUAUGCAAUUGGUAGCCACAUCAAUGCAAUUAGUUUUGCAAUUGCAAACACCUAUGCCAUGCCAUUUUGCAAUUGAGAAUGCAAUACCAAUGUGGAUGCUCUAAAAAGGAGAAUUAUGUAUUUUAUAUUAUUUUAUUUUCUCUUUUUAAUUUAUUUUUUAUAAUUUAAAAAUAUUGUUUAACAACAAUUGCAAGUGAAUUGUAUUGAUGUAGAUGCAUUGACAUUAAUGUGAGUAUGAUUGUAAAAGAAUUGAAGUGGCAAUAGAAAUCUCAUAUGGACUUGCAAUUGCAUUGAUGUUGUUCCUCUUUUUGGCUAUACAAUUGCAUUGACAAAACAUGAUGUAGUGUCCACGUGGCAAGUGGUGUCUAGUUGUCGCUGACUUGUUCUUCGAUUCUAACACGGCUCAAGUUUUAAACGAAAAUGACUAAAUUUGUCAAUUAUCAUCUAAAAUAUUACUAUUUUGUGUAUUUAUUAAAAAUAGCUAAUAUUCUCAUAAAGUCAUAGUUAUGGUUAUGAAUUUUUGUUGUUUUUAAUACCAACGCCUUAAUAUUGAACAACGUGAUCCGUUUUUUCCGUUGAACACUUGCCUCCGGCGGGAAAAUAUAAUUACCGAGCAAGAAAAAAAUAAUAUGAACGAAAAGAAAAAAGAAACCAAAUUCCUUGUGGGAAGAGGAAAUCAGUAGACAUACCUUUUCCGAGAAGUAAAAGGAUUCCUAACCUUACUCGGCUAAGGAUAAUUCCUCCUCUCUUCUUCACACUGCUACUUAUAUAUAUACACACCUGACACCACCAACCAGUUAACUAAGCUCCAUCCACAGUCUCUAAAGCUCCCGCAUCCGAAAGCGAAAAGAAAAGCAAGAAAAGCAAGGAAAGCAAGCAAGCAGCGGAUCGAGAUCACCAUCGCCAUGGGGAAGCGCAAGUCAUCUUCGAGCAAGAAGCUGCUCGCGAAGAAGCCCAAGCACGCCCAGAAGCUGGAGAAAGUCUUCAACUGCCCUUUCUGCGGCUACGUCGACUGCGUGGACUGUCGUCUCGACAACGAAAUCUGGAUAGCCACGCUGCGCUGCAAUCGCUGCGGCGAGUCCUACACCACCAGGAUGAAUCGUCUCACCGAGCCCGUCGACGUCUUCGCCGAGUGCCAGCUCGUCAACCCCGACCCAGCAGUAACCGGCGCAACCAACCACCACCGCGGCGGCCGCAUUCGUCUGUCUAUACUUCUCGGCCGACCAAGAUUGCAACGCACCAGCCGCCGCCGCGGCGCUCGUGCCAAGUAGUUUAGGCCUCUUCCUUAUUGUCGUCUGUAAAAACUAAAAAGCCCUAAUGAAUGAAGAAUGAUUCA